GAUAUGUCAAAUGUACACAAAUGUUGAUUUUUUGUGGAAAACUGCAUCGUAUUUCCGAUAAAUAAAUAAAAGAUGCUGUAAUAAAACAAAUAUGGACGAACCUAAGAAUGAAACUUUGGAUCUAUCGAGGCGUGGGUUGAAGAAAAUAGAGAAAGCGCCUGCAGACGAAUCUAAGACGGUUAUUAAUUUAAUCCUCGAUCAGAAUGAGCUGCAGAGACUGGACAAUAUCGAGACAUACAGCCGUGUUGAGAAUGUCUCAAUUUGCAACAAUUUCUUGCUCCGUAUGCAUGGAGUAUCCCGCCUGACGAAUAUACGAAUACUUGCUUUAAACAAUAAUGGAAUUCUCCAAAUAGAGGGACUAAAAGAUCUGAUAUACCUAAAAGUACUAAAAUUAGCUGGUAACAACAUAAAGUCAAUAGAACACCUGAACAACAACAUUCAUCUAGAAUACUUGGAUCUUUCAAAUAACCAAAUUUCUUUCAUUGCUGAUAUUUCUUAUUUGAAAAACUUAAAACACCUAAGCCUAGAGCGCAACAGGAUAACCGACCUCCGUCAAUGCGACCGUUACCUGCCUCCACACUUAGAACAUCUAGGGCUGGCGCACAACAACAUCCCCGACUUGAACGAAAUCAGCCAUCUCGUGCACCUGACGAAGCUGGAUAGCUUCUCCGUGCAAGGCAACCCUUGUGUAGCUAUGGCGGGGAAGGACAAACUAGGUUUCGACUACCGUCCGUUCGUCUUGAAUUGGAUACUCAGUGUGAAAAGCAUCGAUGGCUUCGUCGUCAGCGCGAUAGAGAGCCUAAAAGCAGAAUGGCUGUACAGUCAAGGCAAGGGCCGCCAUUUCCACGCCGGCCAGCACCAAGAGUUAUGCGAGUACCUGGCCUCCACCUGCCCUCUCACGGCCGACGCGCUCGAGACCGAGGACCAGAGGAAACUGCGCCUUAUUCUCAGCAAGGCUCAACAUCAUCAACAGCAGCUAAAAGACCAAAACCACAGUCCCUUGAAAACGAAGUUACAAUCUCCGAGAGUUCAAUCCCGUAUAUCCUCCCGGCACAUGGGCCGUUCGCCCGAUCGGCUGACGUCUAGUUUCCACGCCGCGUUGCCCAAGUCAGCUUCGCCGCAGCUGAUGUCAGCUUCAUACUCCGGAGACAUCCCUAUACCAUCAGCUAUGAGCCAGAGCUUCGACUCGCCUGGCUUGAUGUAUGGGGGAGAGAAGAGAGACAAUGGCAAAGAGAAGGAGAAAGUGCCAGAACUACCGCCAGCAAAACCAGUGAAUCAUUCCCUAGAAGCAGCAUCCAAGAUGGUUCCCGUGCCAGAAUCGCUCAUGAGUCCUGACUACCAGGACCCUAUCUACGACAUCCAAAGAUCCAUACCAAAGCCGACCAACCACUCAGUCAAUAGCAUCUCUAACACAUCGUCUCAAUCAAGCAACAGUAGCAUACAAGAAGAGAAACCGCACAGACAGAUUGUUCAGCCAAAUAAGAAUAUAAAAGGAUCCCCUAAGCUGCCCAAAAGUGCGACUUCCAGCCCGAAGUUAAAGUCCAAAAUCGAGCGGAAGGGAAGUUUGUCUAAAGGUGACAUAAAAACCGAAGAGAAAAAGCUGAACGGCAUGACGAAACAAGAGAGCGGGGACCAGAUAGACCCAGACAAGUUGGAAAUCAUCAAACUAGCGUCCAACCAGAGACGACAGAAGAAAAUGAGCGCGGAAUGCAUGGCCGCCGUCACCAUCCAGAAGAUGUGGCGUGGAUACCGCAGCAGGAACCUUAAUAAGGAUACGCUGAGGAUCCUGCAUGCCAUCCAGGCUGCGAGAGCGAGACAGCACAUACAAAGGUUAACGUGCGACAUGGAGGCAACUAAGGCAGCUCUCGAAAGCGAGCGCAAGAUUCAGCAGCUACAGAUGCAAGCCAUCAACGCGCUAUGGAAGAAAGUUUCAACGUUGCAAGCGGCUGACACCCAAAAAGUCCGGUCGUGCGAUUCGGACGACAGCACGGAGGCGGUGCGGCAGUUGACCGAGACGUGCAGCCGGCUGCAGUCGCAGGUGGCGUCGCUGCAGACGUGCAUGCAGGACAUCCUGCGCUGCGUGGCCUGCGCGCGCGCGCCCGCCGCCACGCAGACCGACGUCACGUGCGUGUGCACGCCGCAGGAGGAACGCGUUUCGUUUUUAAAACGACCGCAGUCGCUGCCGCUUGCGCCCGCUGCGCCCGCGCCCGAGCCCGCUCCUGCGCCCCAACAGGACACCGAGAAACCAAACGAAAUGGACACUCUUGACAUAGAGCGCACAGAGUCGAUCAUAGAGGAGAAAACCGACAGCUUGGAGGAACGCGAGCAAGAGGUCAUCGUUGACUGAUGACGACCCGAAACCGACCUAGUUGCAGCUACUUAGGGUUCAAAAUACUCUAAGGUAAAUCUUAUGCUAUGAGAAGAUAAUUAAAAACCUAUCUUUGCUUUACCGUUAAAGGAGGCUGCUAUUAGAUGACAAUAAGAUAUUAAUAAAACGUCGAACACCAAAUAACAUCUAAGAAGCUAUAAUUAAGUAAAUCCUCCUUAAACGCUAAAGUAAUGAAUAGGUAAUAAAUAACAUCGCAAAAUCAACCUUGUUGUAUUACGUUAAGGUUCGGAAUGUGCUGUAGUGGCGAAGCUUAGAUUGGGCUUGUGUAAUGUGGAAUUGUGGUAUGGUACGCUUAUUAGGAAGGUAUGACCCGGGUAGAGAGGGGCAGUUGUUAAAAGACAGUAUUAUAAAAGACAAAUUUUGAAUAUUUAUGGAUGGACUUCACUAUAUUAGGCCAAAUAUUAUUUAAAACAAAGGCUUCUAUGUAUUCUACUAAGCUGUUAAGAACUAAAAUGAUGUCCGAGAUCAGAGAGCGCUGGUUACCAAAACAACUUAAAAUCGCGUAAACAAAAUGCGCACGUAUACGUUAAUGACAACUGUUUAUUAUGGAUCAAUUUAUAACCUUCGCUGACCUUGCAGCAAGUUUGCUCCUCUAGCUGGCUCAAAUUCGACUAAACGAGUCAUGGAGAAUUGACUGUAACUUAAUAAGCAAUUUCUGCACAGCUUACAUACAUACAAUUAGUAAGUAAGGAUACAUAGAUGUCUUUGAUUAAAACUAAUCCACUCUACGCGGGUCUAAAUCGACGUUUUAUUGUAAUCCAAGCCAAUGAUGAAGCCAGAAAUGGACUCUAUGUGCAAUAUUAUAAGAUUAGAAAUCUUUCAGCAAGACAUAACUGAUUCCUUUUUUUCUUGCCAGGCAUAUUGCGAUGACGUAUCUUGCCUAUGCAUAAUGACAAAUUAGAUACAUGCACAAUAUGACAAAAAGUACUUUAUUCUCUCAAGAAUAAAGUUCAUAUUCAAAAAUUAUUUGGCUUGCCUUAUUUUUGUGGAAUAAACGAUAGACGGUAAAUAAAAUUAUGUUUGAUAUUGCAUACGUUAAGUUAAUUUGAAUACCGCAGCGAAAGAAGGAUAAAGAAACAUAAGGGGCACUCAAUCUUGUAAAAUAAUUUUAAUUUACCAUUAUUACAUUUUGAUGAUUGAAACAUUCUAGUCGCAGAAUCGUCUCUUACGUCAAUUAAUUAGAAAAAAAUAUGCAUCUUUUUAUGUUUUACUACACUAAAAUAUCGUUUAACGAUGCACCGCAUACUAAUCAAACUAAUACAAUUUUUCCAAAGAUUUAAAUUAGGUGUACA